CCUCCCUCUUAUACCCACACCCUGGAUGCAGGCAGGCGUGCACCCACCGGCAGAUUCACUCAGCUUCCGCAUCGCUCUCCCUUCUCCAUCUCUGUGUCUCUAUCCCUCCCUACUCUCUCUACGCUGGUGGAUUUUAGCCCACUGCUGUGUUGAACACCGCCAAAAUGUCUGACAAGCCCGACAUGACUGAGAUUGCCCGUUUCGACAAGACAAAGCUGAAGAAGACAGAGACGAAAGAAAAAAACCCUCUGCCCACCAAAGAGACCAUCGAGCAAGAGAGGAAAGGCGAUGCCACACCUUGACUUCUGAGCACAAGAAGAAAAAGAAGCUGAGAUGCCACAGCAAAAAAGCACUUUCUUUUGAUCAUCACAGUAUUUCAAUCUCUUACUUUGUCUUCAGAAAAAAGGGUGCUCUUGAGCUCCCUGGGGUUUGCCGUUAAGGGUAUAUGGCAUCCCCACAUGGGGGGCUCUCUUACCACGUGGGUGGAACAACUUUAGCCUGGGUGCCUGUCUUGCACUGUUAGCUCUAUAGCUAGCUAACACGUCUCCAAUAUUGCCAAACUGGGGAGUGGUGUAGUGAUGUAGCACAGAGAGAUAGGCAGGCAUCCAGGCUACAGGGGGGGUGAGGGGGUGGUUGGGUGUCUAUACAGACAUGGGAGCAAAUCGGAGUCUAAUCAUGUGGGAUGUUUUCUUAAUAAACUUUUUACUUUUCUUUAUGAAAUAAAUAUGAAGACGUGGAACCAGUCAGUCCUGUGCAUAUUGCUGUCUCCUUUAUGUCUAUGUGCAAAAAUCGAAUACUCAUGAGGCAUGGACUGAUCAUGCACGAGCACGGCCGUGGAAUCAAUACACAAAUGAUUUAUCUAGACUGCUUUACGAUUGGCCUGUACAGUAUAUAAAGUAUUGCAGUAUACAAUUAUGUAAUUCAGACCUCAUAUAUGAGUGCAUAAUAAAUAAAGUCAUAGUCUUGGUGUUUAAUCUA